AUAGUUGCUCGCUUGUAUCUUCGGUUGUUUACCAAACAUGUCAGGCGGAAUGGCAGACGAGAGAGAAAGAGCUGUUUACAUGAAAUUGGAGGCGCUCAAGGACAUCAGGUCCAAGGUGGUCGCCGUGGAGCGGCUGCGGGGACGGCUUGCCCAGGAGGUGGAGGUGGUCCAGGCUGAGGAAGCCAGUCUGGCAGAAUACCGGUCGGAGAUGGAGUUGCUACUGCAGGAGAAGAUGGCACAUGUGGAGGAACUGAGGCAGAUUCACGCAGAUAUCAAUGCGAUGGAGAGUAUCAUUAAGUCAGCUGAGGACCUUCGCAACAAGAGCCUUGAGCAUGCGAGGCGCUUGUAUGACGAGUACCUCCCCCUCAAGCAAGAA